CAUGUGACUCAGGCUCCGCCCACUGUACAGCAGCCGGUGAGGAGAAUGGCGGCGGCGGGCCCGGUGCGCGGGCUGAAGGUGGGAUGUAUCGGAGCCGGGAAGAUGGCGCAGGGCGUGCUGGGCGGCCUCAUCCUCGGCGGGAAGGUUCCGGUUCAGGACAUCACGGUGAGCGCCCCGAGCGACACCAACCUGCAGUACUUCCGGGAUCGCGGCUGUAACACAACUCACUCCAACAUCAGCGUCCUGUACGAGGCGCGCGUCCUCUUCCUGGCCACCAAGCCGCACGUCCUGCCGCAGGUCCUGGUGGAGAUCGCCGCCGCGCUGACCGCCGACCACCUCCUGGUAUCGAUGGCGGCCGGGGUGUCGCUGCAGACCCUGGAAAAGCUUGUUCCCCGCGGGGUCCGAAUUCUCCGUAUGUGCCCCAACCUGCCGUGUGUGAUCCAGGAGGGGGCCAUGGUGUUCUCCCGGGGGCCCGGGGCCGGGCAGGAGGAGGCCGACAUGCUGAAGGAUCUUCUGUCUGGAUGUGGGAUGUGCGAGGAGGUCCCUGAGUCCUACAUGGAUAUCCACACCGGGAUCAGCGGCAGCGGGGUGGCAUAUGUUUACCUGUUUGCGGAGGCUUUGGUGGAAGGGGCGGUGAAGAUGGGGAUGCCCAGCGCCAUAGCGAGCCGCAUUGCUGCCCAGACAUUGCUGGGAGCCGCGAAGAUGAUGCUGGAGACUGGUGAGCACCCGGCGAAGCUGCGCUCUGAUGUCUGCACCCCCGGCGGGACCACCAUCCAUGGCCUCCAUGAGCUGGAAAGGGGGGCUCUGAAAGCCACAGUGAUGAACGCGGUGGAGGCCGCCACCAAACGGGCGAGAGAUCUGGACAAGCGCUAGAAGCGAGGGCGGGCACAGGGACCAAAGGAACUGACUGCAGGGACUGGGGCAUGGCGCCCGCUUCUGGCAUGAGGUUCUGCCUGCCGGACGGUGCCACGUCCUGACUGUAGAGCCCGUGGAUGGCUCAUAUGGGACCAAGGAUCGGGGAAUCUUAAAGGAAUACUCCAGCAUAGAAAAGCCUAUUUCUGGCUUGUGUCAGGCUCCGCCCCCUAAACCCAUAACUAGGCUUAACAGCAGUUUCUGGAGUGUUCCUUUGAGGUGCCCACCCUGUAUAUCUCACAGGUCACUAGUGACCCCUCCUCCAGCUCAAGAGACUUGUGUAGGUGGAGUUCCCCUUUAAAGAAGACUUCAGAAACGCAGCUGGAUCUUAUUGGGAACAAGUAGUAAAUUCAGUUCCUGAUCUAUUUUCUGCUUGCUGUCAGUGAAUGGAAAUAUUCCUAGUCUUCGUUUAGAAACUAAAACUUUGUGCUGCCUCCACAGCUGAUGGUU